AGGAUGUUUGUUCUCAUCUGGGCGACGCUGCUUUUCUCUGUGAGAGUCAGCGAUGCUGAGACAGGUUCUUCAGUGUGGGGGAAAAGAAGUUGUCCGUUGAGGGGUUACUGUAACACUCUAGUUGAAGGAGAAAUAUCAGCGGAGGCUGGACUCUGUGUCGUGAUACCAUGCUCCUUCACUGUUCCUGAUCGUAUCCAAAUCUCACAUAUAGUUUGGUUCAAAUGUGAAUCGACUAAAUGGAGAUGUGAUCAUGGAGACAUGAUUUUCAACAGUGACACCUCCAGCGAUCAGGUUCAGUCGGAGUUUAAAGGACGAGUGUCACUGCUGGAGUCUGAUGUGAACCAGAAAAACUGCAGCAUCAUCAUCAAUGACCUGAAGGAGUCGGACUCUGGAGAAUAUCAACUCAGAGUUAUAGCUUUACAGAUGGAAGAUGCAUUAACAUUCUCCCAAAAAGCAACUGUCGCUGUUAAAGGUCUGAGUCAGAGGCCCACAGUGAUGAUUCCCCCUCUGACAGAAGGACAGCAGACCACACUGACCUGCACUGCUCCUGGUCUCUGCUCUGGCUCUGAACCUACAUUCACCUGGAGGUGGCGAGGAAGAGGAGAGAGCGACACUGACCUCACAGGAAACAUCACGGCCAUCGAAACUGAGAAUGUGACUGAGUUUGCCAAGAGAAGCAGCUCGACUCUGUCCUUUUCCCCUUCAGCUGAACAUCACGGCACCAACAUCACCUGCAUGGUCCUCUUCAAAGGAAACGUGAGAUCAGAGGAGACGGCGACUCUGAGUGUGACCUAUGUGAAGGAAGUCAGAAUAACCCAGAAUGCAAGUGUUAGUGAGGGCGAGACUCUGAAUCUGACGUGUGAGGUUGACAGUUUCCCUCCAUCACUGAUCACGUGGACUAAAGUUUCUGAUCAAAGCAGCAGAAAUGGAACAGGAACAACUCUGCAGAACAACACAUUCAGUGUCUCAGCUCAGCUCACAGAAGAAAGAGGAACUGCCACUCUCUCUCUCUUUAAUGUCACAGCAGGGGAUGCUGGACAGUACGUUUGCACAGUGACACACAUGAACAGAACCUGGAAGGAAAAUGUCAACGUAACAGUAAUCUACAUGGGAGAUCCAGUGAUCACUGGAGUCUUGGUAGUAAAGGUGGGAGAUGUUCUGAAUCUGACUUGCAGGGGCAACAGUUUCCCUCCAUCUCAUGUAGCGUGGACUGAAUUUGACUCCAGCACAAACCCGCCCAAAGGAACCGACCUGAAGAACGACUCUGGCUCGUCCACACUCAUCAUCCCUAAUGUGACUGCAGAACAUUCAGGACAUUACAUCUGCACAGCAAAACAUGGAGACAGGACCGCGACUAGAACUGCUGACGUAGUGGUGACUUGGGGUCCCAAGAUCUUAACCAGCUCUGAAUGUGUGGUCCAGUCGGGGGUCCUGACCUGUGUGUGCAUCAGUGAGGGGUUUCCUCUACCCGCUAUCAGAUGGCCGCUGCUGGAGGACAAACUCAUUUUUAUUCAAAUUGUUAAAUAA